AUGGAAGCUUUAGAAUCGACCCAAAACCAAGAAGAGAUAGUGCCUUUACAAAUCCCUGUAUUUGAAAAUACAUCUACAAAUCCAUUGCUUGACUCAUCAUCGCUGCCAUCAUCAAAUGAACAAACCACUCAUAUUAAUGCGCCAAAUCAAAACACCAGUCAAGAAAUGAUUGAAAAAGCAAAAGAACCUAUUAAUAAUAGUGAACCACUACCUAAAAAUGAAGAUAAUGACAAUAUUCAAAUUGAAAGUAAUAAUAUGGAGCUUGUUUCUUCCAAUGUUCAAGAAUCGAUGAAUUUUGAACAUGGACAACAAACUUUACAACGACCAAAUUUCAAUAUUGCUAAUCCUAAUUGGAAUACCCAAACUAAUAAUCUAGAUAAUACUGAUCAAAAUUUUGAUAUAGAAUAUCACCAUAGCAAUGUUAAUAAUCAUAAUCAUAAUAAGGCCCCAUUUAGUUUGCGUAAAUUAUCAGAUGCUGGAUUCCAAGCUCUGCCUCCAGGAUCUCGUUUAUUUUUGGGAAAUUUAUCCACUCAUUCGACUACUAAAAAGGAGCUUUAUGACAUCUUUUCUCCUUAUGGAGAAAUUUUUGAAAUAUCUAUUAAAAAUAGCUUUGGUUUUAUCCAAUAUGAUAAUACUGAGAGAUUGGAGGUUUCUCAUGGUAAGUUACAUCACCGUUCGCAAAAUCAAGAUACUGGGCAUAAAAAUAAUUUUGGGCAUCAUCAUGAAAAACGUUGGAAUCAAAGAGGCGGAAAUAAAAAUAAUUGGCAUAAUAAUAACAAAAGAGAAUAUUCACCCGCCAGAGGACAUCAUACUCAAACCCAUAAUAAUUGGCAUUAUAAUAAGGAAGGCAAUGAAAGAAGACAUAGCCGUGAUUCAUAUAGGGAGGAUCACCGUGACCAAAAAAACUCCCAUAGAUCUAAACCAUAUAGAGUUCCUAAUAGAGAUUAUUCAGAACAAAAACAAAGUCGAGAUAAUAGGUCACAAUUACAUUGGCAUAAUAAUAACAAAAGAGAAUAUUCACCCGCCAGAGGACAUCAUACUCAAACCCAUAAUAAUUGGCAUUAUAAUAAGGAAGGCAAUGAAAGAAGACAUAGCCGUGAUUCAUAUAGGGAGGAUCACCGUGACCAAAAAAACUCCCAUAGAUCUAAACCAUAUAGAGUUCCUAAUAGAGAUUAUUCAGAACAAAAACAAAGUCGAGAUAAUAGGUCACAAUUACAUGACAAGGCUAAUGAUGAAUUUCCUUUACCUAGAAGGCAAGGCAAUGCGGUACCAGAAUGUCAAAUAAUUGUCCUUGAAGAAGUUGAUCGGAAUUAUUUGUGGCAAGCAGAGAAUGCUUUCAGAGAAGCAAAGAUCUCUGUUCACACACUUCAUUUAUCUAGAAAACUUCAAAUUCAAGCAGUUGUUCGUCAAAUGAUUGUAGAAGGCGUGCAUGCGGUUGUCUUUUUAGAAAGAGCCCUUAUAAUGAAUGGUAGGGUUAAUAUGCAAAUUUUUGAACAUCAACGUUCUCAAGAUAAUGUAAAAUAUGAUGAAUAUAACAAUAUUAGAAUAGAAGAUGCAGUUGGAUUAUUGUCUCGAGCUCAUGUUUCAUCGGUCCCUAACAAUAUGUUAACUGGUGGGCAACAAAUUUUACCUCAAACACAAAAGGCUGCCCCAAUUAUAGAACAGCCAAAUGCAUUAAAUAUUAAUCCAAUUUCAUUAAAUAAUGUUAAUUUUGCCGCACUUGCUAAUUUGCUUGUAGUUUCACCUGGUACCAAUUUACAACAUCAGCCAGGUUUUAUGUCUGCACAACCACAAAAUUUUGAUGUACAACAAAUACUUGGAAAUUUGGCGCCUGCAAAUGCUCCAAAUCAACAACGAUAUACGCAAGUGUUCCCUCAUAAUACUAUGCCUUUUAAUACUUCAAUGAUUAACCAGCAUAAUGUUAACAAUCCAAAUGUUAUGCCUCCUCCUCAGCCUAAUAAUACUCUUCCUUUACCUCAACAUCAACCCCAACAUGUUGCACCAAAUUUACAACAGUUUCAUAAUCAAAUUCCUGGUAGCUCUAAUAUCACAGAUCUUAUGACACAAUUCAAUAAUUAUAACAACUAA